CUUGCAUAAUCCUCGGCUACGAACCUGACCAGCUUUUCUUAUCUCGUAUUAAUUUUGUGCUGAUACCAUCUCCAUCUUCACCAAAUCUCCACGGUUAACUCUCCCUAAUUUAUUUUGGGUAUUUCAUGUGUCACCGUUCCGACGCGUCUUCCCGGAACCAAAACAACCCACUUUGAUUAAUUUUGACCUAUUUAUUUUUUUUUCCCCUUGAUAUCUAUUUGUAUAUAUAUAUUUUUUCCCUUGACCCGUUCGGAUCUCCACCUAGUGAUUCAUGACUGGACGGUAUCAUCAAAGGCGUCUCGCUCCCAAGGAAGAACUUCCACCCACACCUGAUGAUCAUAGCCCUGCAGAACAGAGCAAACGCAAACGAGCCUCAUUAGCCUGUCUGGAGUGCCAGCGACGACGUAUAAAAUGUGGCCCUGGCCGUCCAUGCGAACCAUGUCUGCUCAAUAGACGUGAAUGUAUCUACAAUGAAUGCAACGACAAACGCCGCAAGAUAUCCGCCGAGGCGACAGAACAGAGCCUGAAGUUUUAUCGCAGUGCCUUGGAGAACUUAUUGCGCGCAAUCCAGAUCGGCUCCGACUCGGAUGUGGACCACAUCAUCAAUGACAUUCGGAAGGGCGCUCCGCUAUCGGAAAUCUCUCGCAUAGCCGCCGAGUGUCUAAAUGAUAUAGCGGCGACGACGACGACGACGGCACCUGAUUCGGCGAAGCAGGACUCGGUCGGGAGCCCUGGAUGAAUACUGUCUUUUUUUUUUUUCAUAAUCUCUUCCUGGUUGUUCAAUUUUGCCCAAAACCCUUACCCGCGUGGAAAUCCUUAUGUGGUAUGUCCU